GACCAAGGUGCAUUCCUGAGUGAGUUUGAGACAAAGGCAUUACAAGUAAUUACUCAGUCAUCUCAGACACCACAGCCAGAGGUUGUGGAGAAAGUUGUUGAAAAGGUUGUUGAAGUUGAAAAGGUUGUAGAAAAGGUAGUUGAAGUAAAGGUUGAAGACCCCGAACUCAAGUCUCAGGUUGAGAAACUUGCCAAGGAAAAUGCUCAGCUUAAGUCUCAGGUUGAAGAUCUAAAGAGAUCGUCAUCUGCCAGUGACAGCAAGAGAGUUAGUGAGCUGGAACAAGAAGUCCAAGCAGUCAAUGAAAAAGUUGUCCAUUAUCAGACUGUUCUUGCAGAUACUGAGAAUUUACUCAAAUCAUUAGAGGCAUCUGUUGAGUCAGAGGAAGUGACCUGGAAUAAAAGGUUGUCAGAGAAGGAUCAAGACUUGCGUCAGCUAACGGCAGACAAGGCUAACCUCCAGCUGCAGGUGAAACAGCUAGAGGGCACCUUAGACAAGGUCAAGCAGGCAGAAGAGGCAGCAGCAGAGGUUUGUGGAGUGGAGUUUGCGUUAAAUUGCAUAGAGAAGUCUCUGCCCCUCGUAGUCACUCAGAUGCAGUCUCAACUGAAGGAACUGCAGGAGCAGCUACAGAAGGAAGAAAAGGAGAAGGCAGCUCUUCAGGAGGAUCUGCUGAAGGCCCAGGAGCAGCUCACACAGACCGCUACCAAGGGCAGCGGUGAUGUUGAUGUGGGCUUGCUGGAGCUGCGUGCAGACAACGACAAGCUUCGAACACUAGUCAGUGUUGGGCAGGAUGCCAGCCGGCAACAGGAACAGCUCAUCGAGGAGCUAAGGACGGAACUAGCCUCUGUCAAGAAUGCAAGUAUGAAUGGACCAGCCAGUGAGGAACAGUGUCAAGAGGACAACACCUCGCGUGCCGACACCGCCAGUCUGAUGUCCGCUUCCUCUGCCUCAGUCACAGACACUAACCUUUCUCAGGAUCAGUCAGGAGCAACAGCAAAAAAAGCUAAAAAGAAGCGAAAGUUUUCUCUGCGAGGUUCCCCUCGUAAAGCUAGUAAGUCUCCCAGCAGACGUACCAGUAGGGAAGGAACAAUUGUCAGAGCUGUUGAUAAAAAAGCAGGUACAAAAAGUGGGUGCUGGGGCUAAACAGUGAAAAAUAAUAGGAGGUACAAGAAGCAGCCACAACUUGCAAGAGUUUCACUGACAUUGUCUAUCGUCCAACCUUGGCCACAGUGUUGGAGGUCCACAGCCAGAGCAGCUGAAUGCCAUGAAGACUUUUGCUAUUAAGAUGUAUUUUAUACGAAUAUUCUUUUGUAGAAUGUCCUGGAAAUUGAAGCUUCAUGGGAGAUAGCUGUUACAAGUGAGGACCAUUUAUAAAGAAAUUACGUUUUCUGAACAAUUUUCUGUAUGAAUUUGAAUGACUUUUAUCAGCUGUAAGUGUUCAACUUGCAUGUAUGCUAUGGAAGAAAUUUUGAAAGAUUCGCUCAAAGAUUAUUAGCUACUUGUUUGAUAGGCUUUAUUUAUCGGAAUUGUAAAAAUUGCUUUAAUUAUUCUGAGUAACAAGACUGAUAAAUUGAAAUGAGUUGUGAAGCCAAAAGGUUUGCUCAGUUUUUGGUGGCAGUUAUAAAGUGCAAUGUUGUCAGUGACAGUGAAGUCUUGCAGGUCAUCCUCUUUGAACCAUUAGUGUGAUGCAGACGGUUGUUGAGACUUGCUCAUUUAGGAAAGUCUUUUUCUAUUCUUGCUUUUACAUUUAUAAUUGGUUCUUUGUUAUUGUCAGAAGUCGUCUUCUAUGAUGUAAAAGUGAAAACCAAGAGGCUUGACAGCAAGUUCUGAUCACCUGUGGUGUUGUGGGUGCACUUUUUUUUUUUUUUUUUUUUUUUUUAGUUUCCAUUGCUGCAAAGGGUUAGGGGCAUUGCCAAGCAUUGUAUUUUUUGUUUACUAUUGGAGAGAUUCACUCUUGUGUUUAUAAAUGUAUUUUACACUUGAUGCAGCAAGAGCAAUCUUAAGUUAAAAAUACAAAGUUCAUUCCAGUGAUGAUUAAUCCCCUCUUUUUGAAAGGGCUAUAUUUUUUCUCCACUUGGACAGUGAAGUAAUGUACCAUGCACAGGAAUAAUCGUAUAGUUUAAUAUGUAUUCAUAUGUUCAGACGAUCUUGAUAUUCUUCAGAGAAUUGAUAAUUUAAUAUGGAUGGGUUGCAGAUAAAAAUGGUAUCUGCACUUUUUUUUUUUUUUUUUUUUUUUAAAGUUUACACAGUAAUGGUACAUAUUUUACUGACCAGUUUUGUAUAACUAAAUGGAAAACUAUUCCAGUAGGCCAUUAGGACACUUCCCAAGUUUCCAGUCCAUUCUGGGUGGGCUUGCUUAUGUCUUCUGGCGCCUCACGUCGGCAUAUCCUUUACUGUGGUAAUAAUCCCCAUAGACCAAGAUUUACUAUUACUAUUGUUUUGUACGGUGCAAGGAGCCAAGAACACAAGUGUGGCAGUUAGUGUGGUUGUCCUUGGGGCGGGUAGCACGGGUUGGGACCAGGAAAAACAAAUAGCAGGUCGUAGGGGGAUCAAAGGGCAAUCUGGUGCUUAUUCUUUCCCAACAGGCAGAUGACCUGAGCCUGGAUGCUCUUGUGGGUUGGGGUUGUAAUGAUACGCCUUCGAGGAUGUAGGUCCUCCCUUCUUUUCUUUUUUUUUUUUUUUUUUUUCUUUUUUUUUUUAUCUGUUUUUGUGCUGAGGUGAAUCUAUUUGACACGGCAUUACAUCCUCCAACUCUGAAAGAUUGCAGUCUAGACUGAUAGGGGUUGCCUAUUCCACAUCCAAACACAUUCUAUUCCUUUUAUAAUUAUUUUUUGAAUUUGUAAUUCCAAGGGUAUACGGUGAUUUUAAGGUGUGGUUUGUCAAACUGCUUGUGAUGGGGCUAUUAUACAUAUGCUAAAUAGCCCCAGUUAUAUCUAUAGAAUAGUCACCCAAGAAUUAAAUCAUAGCCAGUAGGUAUAACUGAUUAGUAUAAAUGCUUUACAAGAUCAAAGUGGUGUUUAAAAUUGGUGCCCAUGUGCUGCCCAGCCUGGCGUGUGAGAUUGUUACCUGGUGCCCAAGAGGGGUAUUACUAGGGACCUGGUAUUCAAACACAAAUACAUGGUUUAUCAGUA